AUGCUUGAGAAUGUGGAAAUUGGGGAACAAAAACGCCGAGAUGAUGCUUAUAAAGCUGCAAAAAAGAAAACUGGCUUAUACGACGAUAACAUGGUUAUCAAUUUCAGGUUCAAUGAUGAUCCCUCUGCAGAAAAGAAAAUACUUCCAAAAUAUGAUGAUCCAGUUGCCCAAGAGGGUUUAACUUUGGAUGAAAGAGGAAGGUUCUCAGGCGAAGCUGAAAAGAAACUUGAAGAGCUCCGAAGAAGGUUAACUGGUGUUUCCACUAAUAACUUUGAAGACCUUACUUCAUCUGGAAAGGUAUCAUCAGACUACUAUUCUCAUGAAGAAAUGCUUCAAUUUAAGAAGCCCAAGAAGAAAAAGUCCUUACAGAAGAAAGAUAAGCUGGACAUUAAUGCUCUUGAAGCUGAAGCUAUCUCUUCAGGAUUGGGUGUUGGCGACCUUGGUUCUCGGAAAGAUGCAAAGAGGCAAGCCAUCAAAGAUGAACAAGAAAGAUUGGCAGCUGAAAUGAGAAAUAAUGCUUACCAGUCUGCUUAUGCUAAAGCAGAUGAAGCCUCCAAGUUACUUCGUCUAGAACAAUCUCUGUACAAUAAAACAGGGGAAGAUGAAACCCCAACUUUUGCAGAUGAUGACGAGGAUCUUCGUAAAUCCUUAGAGAAAGCAAGGCGACUGGCUCUUAAGAAACAGGAGGAGAAAGGAGCAUCUGGCCCUCUAGCUAUUGCUUUACUUGCCGCCUCAAAUCCUAGUAAUGAGACCGUUGAUGAUCCAAAUUCUACAGCUGGAGAGUCAAGAGAAAAUAAGGUGGUCUUUACAGAGAUGGAAGAAUUUGUUUGGGGUCUUCACAUUGAUGAAGAAGGUGAAGAUGUUUUCAUGCAUGAUCUCGAAGAGGCAAAUGUUCCUGUCGAGGAAAAGAAAGAUGAGGCUGGCGGGUGGACUGAGGUUAAAGAAACUGAAACAGAUGAGCAACCCAACUCAGAAGACAAGGAAGUGAUAGUUCCUGAUGAAAGUAUACAUGAAGUUGCUGUAGGGAAAGGACUGUCAGGUGCACUGAAACUGCUUAAAGACCGAGGAACACUUAAAGAAAGCAUUGAAUGGGGUGGCAGAAACAUGGAUAAGAAGAAAAGCAAAUUGGUUGGGAUUGUAGAGGAUGAAGGAAAGGAAGUACAGAAUAAAAACGAGAUUCACAUUGAGAGGACAGAUGAGUUUGGGAGAAUUUUGACUCCUAAGGAAGCCUUUCGAGAAUUUUCUCAUAAGUUCCAUGGCAAAGAACGUGGCAAAAUGAAGCAGGAAAAGCGUAUGAAGCAAUUUCAAGAAGAGUUGAAAUUGAAGCAAAUGAAGAGUUCAGAUACACCAUCGUUGUCUGUGGAGAGAAUGAGGGAAGCUCAAGCUCGUAUGAAGACACCCUAUCUUGUUCUCAGCGGCCAUGUUAAACCAGGACAAACUAGUGACCCAAAAAGUGGUUUUGCUACCUUUGAGAAGGAUCUUCCUGGUGGCUUGACACCUAUGCUCGGUGAUCGGAAGGUUGAGCACUUUCUGGGAAUCAAGAGGAAACUGAACAAUCGAAGCUCAAAUACCCCAAAAAAGACGAAAUCUUGA